AUAACGUUUGGUGUUCAAACAAGGUCGUCAUAUGAGAAGUAGAAGCAAUCACUGGACGUUGAAACUACUUUGAUAAUGUUGCACGUUGUGGUCUCUGUUGUUUUGGCCUUUCUGAUGAUCACUCCAGGAAUAUGCUCUUGCAAGGACGAUGAUGCCGCAGUCCAAAAAUGCGUUAUAGAGUAUGCCACAGGCUUUGCUGAUCCAAAAUACAGUUCAUGGGACGAUUUACAGCUUCACUGCCAUCUUGAUGGGGAACUUGGUAAAUGUGUCCAAAGAUAUCUAAAGAAAGACUCUGGACCGACACUCGUAUCUCUGGCCAAAGCAGCAGUUUCGUACAUAUUAUUCGAGAAAAAGAUUAAAGUAUGCGACCGCUUUCCGUACAAACCAUUACUCAAGAAACUCGAUAAAGUAUGUCAGACAUCACAGGCGAAAAAAGAUUGGAAAAAGAAGAUUGAGCGUUUGAACAAAAUCAAGAUGAAACCAUACUAUGGACACUCCCAUCUUUUCAAAUGUACCAGUGAACUUGACAGAAGGUGCGUACGAGAGUAUGCAAAACGCAUGCGCACAGAUCAGAAUCUCUGCAAGAACAUCCCAUACAAGUACCAGUGUCUGAGAAACGGCUACCAUGGAAACUGUCGAUCAAACGCGAUCCGAUACAUUCUCGACAUCUUCCCUGCCGAGGCGGAUAAAGUUUUGGCCAAGCUGUGCCAAUCACGCCAGGAUGUCGGAGUUUGAUUGUCAGAGUAUUAAUUCUAAUGUAGUGAUUGACGCAGUAUAAAAAUAAAUCAAACUGUUCUAGUAGAG